GACUGUUCAGCUUCCAGCAAGAGAAGAGCUCCUCCUCCCUCCCCUGAGAUGAGGUAGUUGGAAAGACCGAGCGCUGGUUAAUCACCAAUUUCUCGCGUCGCGUCGCGUCCUCCGUCUUGAAAGUCCUGUCAUGCAUGCAGCGUCCCCGCCGUCGCGCGCCUGACCUCCUGCGUUUUCAACCACGGCUUUUGUUUGUCCCUCGUCCGGUAUGGGAGAUCAGAGUGAGCCGACCAUGGUGCAGAAGUCGACAUCGUUCAGCAUCAAGAGUCUGUUACUCCCAUCAAAGUUUGACGAUGAGGGCGCGGUGCGCAGCGGCAGCCCGGCGGCACCGGAUUUGGACAAACCCCCGGAAGCGUCCGAGAUGGACCCCGCGCUGCGAGACGCGGAGGACCAGCCGUCUAAAAAGGGAAAGAAGUUCGACAAACCUCCGUUCAGCUACAACGCGCUCAUCAUGAUGGCGAUCAGACAGAGUCCAGAGAAGCGGCUCACGCUCAACGGCAUCUACGAGUUCAUCAUGAAGAACUUCCCGUAUUACCGGGAGCACAAGCAGGGCUGGCAGAACUCCAUCCGGCACAAUCUGAGUCUCAAUAAGUGUUUCGUCAAGGUCCCGCGGCAUUAUGACGAUCCUGGGAAAGGGAACUACUGGAUGCUGGAUCCUUCCAGUGAUGAUGUGUUUAUCGGCGGAACCACCGGGAAGCUCCGCCGGCGCUCGGCGACCUCGCGGGGAAAGUUGGUGAUGAAAAGGGGCCUCCGCUUCGCGCCCCUCGGUCUCGGGCUUGGUGAACGCCCGAGCAACCCGCUUUAUUGGCAGCUGUCUCCGUUUUUACCCCUGCACCAUUCGCAUUAUAACGGCUCCACGCACGGAUUUCUAAACCAGGGGCACGCGUACGGGUCGUUACUCCACGGCGUGGAGCCGCUCGGGAACGGGGACAUGUCUCGCCCCAUUCUGGGAGCCUCUAGCGGGAGUAUCAACGGGUACGGUGUGUCUCCGCCGUCCGCCGCCGGAUUACUUUCAGGGCACAAUGGAUACUUCGUACCGGGCGCGCAGCAGCCGCUCCCGAGCGCGCCGGGAUACUGCAUCUCCAGCUCUCCGUCCCCGCUGCUGACGGAUUCCAUAAGAACUAGCUUACCGUCCUUCACAGCUCCACUCUCCAGCGGACUUCUGUCUCAACACAAACGCAUCGCGCCCAAUUCGUUCCUAAGCUGAGCUU